UAGAAAAUAAAAUUAUUGCUGAUCAUCAAAAAAUUGCUAAAGAAUUGGAACCUUUAAUUGAAUUUAUUGAUUUCAGACGAAUUCAAGUUCAAGUAUUAGUUGAUAUUAUUGAGCUUGAGCCACUAGAAAUUGUUCUAACUAAAAUUAUUCUAAAUGUAUAUCGAUAUAAUACAAAAUCAAUUAAUUCCGGUAGAAAUUAUACCCAUUUAUUUCAAUUAUACAGCAUGUGGAUCAAAACUUAUUAUUGAGGAUAAUGGAAAAGUUAUUCAUGCACGAAAUGAUCUUGAUUUACUCCACAGUGUUAGAGCUAAAAUGAAAUUAGAAAAUAAUUAUAUUUUUGAAUGGGAUGUUAUUAUUGAAAGAGAUUGUAGUUGGUCUUGGGUUGGGGUAUGUGCAUCAGAAAAUUUUAAUUAUGAAAUUCCUGCAGGAAAACAAUCUUCUGGAUGGGUAUUAGGUUCAAUGGUAAUUGUCGUAGUUCUGGAGUUAAUAUAGGAAAUUAUUGCCCAUCAUUCGGAGAUGGUACAAAAAUUACUGUCCACUUAGAUAUGAAUAAAAGAACUUGUGCACGGUACAAAGUAUCCAGAAGUAUCAACAUGGGAUAAUUUACCAUCAAAGCUUUAUUCAGUACUCAGUAGUAUCGUUGUAUUACCCUGGUCAAUUUCGAAUUCAGCUUCAUCAGAAAAGAAUUUGAUUGUAAAAAAUCUUUUGAUAUUAUUUACAACUAUAAUGAAAGAUUUAAAUUCGUGGCCAAAUUACUAAUAUAGUCAGAAAUCAUAAUUUAGUGUUCAAGUCUUUUUUCAAAUU